AUAAGCAAAUUGUAUUGUCACCAGUCUUCGCAAUUUUUGCCCAUAUUCACCGAACUUGAAGAUCUUAGUUCGACUUUUAUCGCCAACUGUGUCUUUAACAUUUUUCAUAUUUACACCGCCUUCAUGUUGAAUAUUCUGACAUUCUACGCCAUACACAAAACUUCAAUGAUGCCAAAAACUUUGAAAACUCUGCUGCUAAGUCUUGCUUGCUCGGAUGUUGCUGUUGGUUUGUUUAGUCAACCACCAUACACUUUCUUUCUUAUCAACUGGCUUCGACUACGCAAUCCUGACUAUAACACUCAACAAGUGCGGACGAUCUUCAGUGGUAUAUUUUCAGCUGCCUCGUUCCUUGGUGUUGUGAUUGUAAGUGUAGACAGGUUCUUAGCCGUUCAUCUUCAUCUCAGAUACCAGGAGCUUGUGACUCACAUGCGUAUUGUUCUCUUGGUGAUCAGCAUAUGGCUGUACAGUACAUUUGUUACUUUGAUGAAAUUGUGGGGGCCUUUAAGUGCUCAGGAUCUUAUAAGUGUAAUUACGGCUGCUUUCGGUUUUAUCAUCACCCUUGUGGUGUACAUCAGGAUAUUUUUAACUAUACAACGGCACAAGAAUGAGAUUCAGUCCAUGCAAAUACGGAAUGAAGCUCAGUCUGAGGAAAUAAAAAACUUUACUCUUCUCAUUAAAUCCAUAGUUGGCAUAUUCUGUGUAUUUAUGUGUAUCUUGUGUUUUUAAUUUGUAAUUUGCCCUAUUUCAUUUGCAUGGCUGUUAUUCGAAUCUGUGGCUCAAGUAUCGUUUUAAAAAAUUUGUAUCUUUUCUCCUUGACUCUCAUGUAUCUCAAUUCAUCUUUGAACCCUAUAAUUUACUGCUGGAAGAUGAGACACAUUCAACACGCUAUCAUGGACAUACUACGAAAGGUGUCUUGGGAGGGUAAUCGGCCAUUUCGGAUUCAAUACAAUCGGUCAUCAAAUGUCGUCCAUAUCGAUAACUGAUCCCCCCUGUGUGGCUUACAAAGACUGCGCGCAGUAAUUGUCUACGACAAAGUAAAUAAGGACAUACAAGAUUGUAUAACAAAUUAAUGAUAAGACCCGGCAGCCAAAUUAUUGCGUAGUUCCAAUUUUAAGUACGUAAUAAGUCCAGUGGUCUCUAGUUUGGAAGGGCAGAGGCUACUUUAAGCUAGAAAGCUAAUUUUGUCAUCGAUGGAUAAUGAAAUUGUAAUUAUGGAUGCAAAUAAGAGUAGGAUACCACAUAUGCUUUCAUUCAUAUUAUGAUUUAUAUCGCUCUUAAUUUCAAGUCAGAAUUAAAAACCAUUAACGGUGGUUACGGUCUUGAGCUUCGGAAAAGUUUAUUCUUUGGCUUGUAAAUUUUGCCCAUGACUGCCAACUGUUUCGGCAAAUCUCUUAAAACUAGCACUGAGAAGUAUUUUUUCCUUGUUAUCUCCUUUCGCUUAGAUGCAAAUAACAGAUAGGUUUUGGAAUCAAUUUGAUAAUCCUUUUUAAUUUCCAGACAAGUUAAUGGGUCAAUAAAGUCAAAUGUGUUGAAAGAAUUAGUCUCAUAACGAAAGUGUCGAAAAGUUUAUUGGUACAGAUAAUCGACGGCUUAAAUUUCGGGCAUAUCUAUGAUUGAGUGUCUUCCACAUCAAUAACUGAAAUCUUCUGUGUGGCUAACAAGCGCUUUGUGCGGUUUGCUGUCGAUAGAGUAAGCAGGAAUAAUGUGUGAAGGAAUUGCAGUCGGAAAGACGGAGAGAUUAAAUUUUAAAGUUGUUAUUAUGAAGGUUCUCGAAGAGGAAGGAAAUAGGAGACAUGAUAUUAUGUGCAUCAAGGUCUUCGUCGUCUCUUUAAAGUCAAAAUAGAAAAUCGAUGAGAAAAAAAAACAAUAAAAUGAAAGAACAGAAUCAACAUGGAUCUCAACAUAGACAUGUAAAAGCAACAACAAGCCGUUGGGACUCAGGAAAAGGGUGACCGCCACUGCUUAACCCUUGACACCCUUAAUUGAAUAAAAUAUAAAAAAGCGCAUUCCAGGUCUCAUUUAUGAAGAAACUCGCGGAGUUCUCACAGGUUUUCUCGAAAACGUGAUAUGCGACGCGGUGACAUCUACUGAACACGCCAAGCGCAAGACGGUGACCGGAUGAACGUUUUAUACGCGCUGAACAACAAUGACGCAUGCUGUACGGCUUUAGAGGCCGAAGAAUGAAGAACUAACACGACUUAGAAACUUUAGAGUUAGCAAGCAUGUGAAAGAAAGAUAAUGUCGUGUACCUGUCUUUUUGAUGUAGCCUAUUUUUUGUAGCUGUAGCAAGACUUAAUGCAUACACAGAAUGCAACGAGAAUUAAAUUGCUUCUUUCGUUUCUACAUUUGUUUGUAGUCCAUGUUCAUUUUACCGCGCCUCAUCUGUAUGAGAGAGACUAAGGAGAGGCUAGGGUGGCGUUCGCCUUUGAAGUGCAAAUAUGUAGCGUGUAAACCUCAGGGAACCAUGUUUAGAAUAUUGAAACACAAAUUUAAGAAAUAACAAAACCAGUCUUAUCCACACGGGCAUCGGGAAAGUAGGUAACACCAUAAGUAGCGAACGAGAACCCGAAACAAGAACAGGCGGACUGUCAAAAGCACGGAAAUGCCCGAGUGAUGCCUUUUGAGACAUUCACUCUGACGAAACGCAAACGGUCGAAACCUCAGUUUUAGAAAAUCUCCUCAGUGUUUAAUUUACGUUAUCAACUCGGAUAAAAUCAAAUUGUCUCGUAAUACCCUCACCGAAGUAGCAUCACAGUUUCCUCCGAAACGCGCCCCCUUUGUUCAUUUUCAGUUUAGAUUUCUGCCAAAAACUGAACGGUUUCGUUCCAAUUCAGUUGCCUGUGGACUACUAUAAUCUCGUAUUCAGAUCUUACCGUUUAUCUGUAAGGGAAAUGUAGGUUCCAACCGCUUGGCCGUGAAAGGGGUGGGUAGGAAACUAUCUACGAGCAUACCAUCUCUGCCCGUGAGAAGGCUUGAGACGAAUCGGGGAGAGGUUUGCCGGGGAUCUGGCACUACCUGCAGACCUCUCGCUGACUACUCUACAGAGGACAAUAGAGAAUUGGCUGCCAUUGAACUGCCAAUAAGGUAGCUAAGGAUUAUAAGAAUAUUACAGAGGCGUAUUGGGGAGGCAGAUAAAUUUUAUCGUGACAACCAAAAUCCUCCGACUCCCAACUCUCGUCCUGCGAAAAACAAUGAUCAGUCCGUCAUUAAGCCACUAAUUUUUUCAGUGUUUGUUUUAAAGUUAUAGAACAUGAAUGUAAAAUCCAACGAGCUGUACAAACGCACUGUUACACGUGUUAAGCGAAUGGUGGUAAUCAAGGAAAACUGAUAAUCAAAUUAUUUUCUUUUAACUUCCUAUCUCAGCACCGGCCGCAACCAUCUGCCGAGAUCCAAGGACUGUUUACUUCAACGUUGAAUGACGGAGGGUACUAUCGUUGUUAUCCUCAGUAAGGCUUGUAAGAAGUUGACCUACUAAAAUAUCGCAAACCAUUCAGUAUUUGUCUGAAAUAGCGGCUCCAAGCGAAAAUCAUGAACAAAUCGUAUUGUAACCAGUUUUCGCAAUUUUUGCCCAUAUUCACCGAACUUCAAGAUCUUCGUUCGACUUGUGUCGCCAACUGCGUCUUUAACAUUUUUCUUAGUUACACCGCCUUCAUGUUGAAUAUUGUGACAAUCUACGCCAUACACAAAACUUCGACAAUGCCAAAAGCCUUGAAAACUCUGCUGCUAAGUCUUGCCUGCUCGGAUGUUGCUGUUGGUUUUUUCAGUCAACCAUUAUACUCUUUCUUCUUUAUCAACUGGCUUCGAUUAGAAAAUCCUGGCUGUAACACUAAACAAGUGUGGACGAUUUCAAGUAGUUUAUUUUCAGUUGCUUCUUUCCUUGGUGUUGUGGCUGUAAGUGUAGACAGGUUCUUAGCCGUUCAUCUUCAUCUCAGAUACCAGGAGAUUGUGACUCACAGGCGUGUUGCCAUCGUUGCGAUUGGCAUAUGGGUGUAUAGUGCAAUUAGUUCUUUGAUGAUAUUGUGG